CCUCCACCCUCUGACACCAUGGUCAGCUCCUGUUGUGGCUCCGUCUGUUCUGACCAGGGCUGUGGCCAAGAGACCUGCUGCCAACCCAGCUGCUGCCAGACCACCUGCUGCAGGACCACCUGCUGCCGCCCCAGCUGCUGCAUCUCCAGCUGUUGUAGGCCCCAGUGCUGCCAGUCUGUGUGCUGCCAGCCCACCUGCUCCCACCCCACCUGCUGCCAGACCACCUGCUGCAGGACCACCUGCUGCCGCCCCAGCUGCUGUAUCUCCAGCUGCUACAGGCCCCGGUGUUGCCAGUCUGUGUGCUGCCAGCCCACCUGCUGCCGCCCCAGCUGCUGCAUUUCUAGCUGCUGCCGCCCCAGCUGCUGUGUGUCCAGCUGCUGCCAGCCCCAGUGCUGCCAGCCCCAGUGCUGCCAGUCUGUGUGCUGCCAGCCCACCUGCUGCCGCCCCACCUGCUGCCAGACCACCUGCUGCAGAACCACCUGCUGCCGCCCCAGCUGCUGCCAGCCCACCUGCUGCCAGCCCCACUGCUGCCAGACCACCUGCUGCAGGACCACCUGCUGCCGCCCCAGCUGCUGCAUCUCCAGCUGCUGCCAGCCCCAGUGCUGCCAGCCCACCUGCUGCCGCCCCUGCUGCUGCCUGCGUCCAGUCUGUGGCCGGGUCUCCUGCCACACCACUUGCUAUCGCCCAACCUGCGUCAUCUCCACCUGCCCCCGCCCCCUGUGCUGUGCCUCCUCUUGCUGCUGA